GACGGAACCAAAUUCAAUUGCUUUCCAAAGCCCCAACUUAACAGUGGUACUACGUAUGCGAAUGCUCCAUGAGUAAUAAUACGCAGCGUAUCUGGAACUCGAAAUAUGUAGGAUAUAAGUGUCUAUGACCCGUGUUGAACAUGUCAUGUCAGCUCCUUGACUCCACGCCAGGGCGAAGUCCAGGUAGUCUCAGGUUUACUCAGCAUCUUGAACUAUUAUUUUCAUUCUUCAACGGUUGAACCAAAUGCUCGAACCAGACCUAGACCCAGUUUUAACCCGAUGGCUUCAGCAAAUACCUCCACUGAGAGUUGUACAGACUCCAAGAUGACGUUGGCCGACGCACCCCCUGUAUCAGACCAAAUGGGCAAGCGUGAAUCAAACACCGCCCUCACGAGUGACUCAAAAACAAGCCUCCAUCUCCCCGACGGGUUCCCGCCACCACCAGACGGCGGGCUGCGGGCAUGGACGCAGGUUCUGGUGGGCCACUUGGUGUCGUUCAACAGCUGGGGCUACCUGAACUCGUUCGGGCUGUUUCAAGCGUACUACGCCACCACACUAUCGGCGACCCCGUCGUCCAUCAGUUGGAUCGGCUCACUACAAAUUCUGCUCAACUUCCUCGUCGGCUGCGUGUCGGGGCGCGCUCUCGACGCCGGCUAUCUGCGCGCCACGCUGGCCCUCGGCAUGCUGCUGCAGAUCGUCGGCAUCCUCACGUCGUCCGUCGCCACCCAGUACUGGCACCUGCUGCUCGCCCAGGGCAUCUGCAAGGGUCUUGGUGAUGGACUCAUGUUCUGUCCCGCCGUCGCUGUCGUGCCCACGUAUUUUACGACUAAGCGCGCCGCCGCCAUGGCGAUCGCCGCGGCUGGCACUGCGACUGGGGGUCUCGUCUUCCCGAUCGUCGCCCAGCAGCUCCAGCCGCGCAUCGGCUUUGCCUGGACCGUUAGGGUUAUGGGGUUUGUUGUUGUCUUCAACUCGGUCCUUAUCCUCCUGCUCGCGCGCGCCCGCCUGCCGCCGAGAAGGGCCGGGCCCAUUCUCGAGUGGCGUGCCUUUAGGGAGCGCGGAUACACGCUUUUCUGUGUCGGCAUGUUUCUGGUGUGGUGGGCUCUGUACUUUGCGUUUUUCUACAUCAGCGCCUUUGCCAAGACGCACCUAGGCGUCGACACGUCGACAUCGCUGACGCUGCUGCUCGUGUCCAACGCGGUCGGCGCGCCCGGCCGCAUCGUCGCGGGGCUAGUCGCGGACCGGUACUUCGGACCGCUCAACGUCAUGAUCCCCGGCGUCUCCUGCGCGGCGGUGCUGAUGUUUGCCUGGGCCGGCGUGCACUCGCUCGCCGCCUUCUACGUCUUCUGCGUGCUGUACGGCUUCUUCGCCGCCGUCGUCCAGACCCUCUUCACCUCGGCCUGCGCCAGCCUGACCCCCAACAUGAACGCCAACGGCUCGCGAACGGGCAUGUGCUUUGCAGUUGUCUCGUUCGCCGCUCUUACCGGCGCCCCCAUCGGCGGCGCCCUCGUCCAGCUCAACCACGGCAGCUACCUGUACGCCCAGAUUUUCGGCGGGACUUCUUUGGUGGCGGGAGCCGCGGCGCUCUUAGCCGCCAAGUUCUCCUACAAGCGGGCGUGAGCGAGACCAGGCUCGGGACUUGAUAUUGGCAGGGGCGCAUAUCUGGAUUUGAUAUUGGCAGGGGUGCAUAUCUGGAUUUGAUAUUGGCAGGGGCUCAUAUCUGGAUU